GACGCAAACCCAGUCUUUCCCACGGAAGUAUAGAAGCUUUGCUCUGGACUGGGCAAAAUCCAGUCCGUCAAUUGCCUGUACUGCAGCUUUUACCUCUACCAAGUCGAUCCGUUGCUAUUUAAGACAUGGAUUACACCAGCCAAGGGGAUAUGAACAGGCAGGUUAUGAACAGUCCUGAAACAAUUCCUCCUGGACCAAAUGAAGGUGCAGGAGUUGCAAGAAUCAGCCCCGAAAACGAGCCGCAGAACACCCCACUGCAACCCCCUGCCGCCAUGGCUAGGCUUCCACGGUCGCUCUCCAACGACUACAAAACGCUUCUCUCCGAAGAAACCAAACCAAAUGAUUUGGAGAGGACGAAAGUCGGGAUCUGCAAGCUCAGCAGCACCCCGGUGCAAGCCAACUCCAUGCUCCGGAGGGAAUCUGCUGAGACCUUUCCGUACAAGCAAGUGGCCGGGGCAGCGGCUGCCGGGCAAGCUGUGAUCCCUCACUGCAAAAUUGCUGCUUUGCAAAGCACAGACGGGGACGCUAACGCAGCCCUGGGUAAGAGCACGCUGGAGCAAAACAAUGCCAAAAGCACCUGGGUGACCUUGAGCCAGAGCACCGUGGUACUGGGUACAGAUGGCAACACCUCUGUUCUUCCCGGCAGAGUGGAGGGGGAAGACGAUGUAGGGGAUGAAAACAAAGCCCGAGGGAACUGGUCCAGCAAGCUGGAUUUCAUCCUCUCCAUGGUGGGUUAUGCAGUGGGGCUGGGCAAUGUCUGGAGGUUCCCGUACCUGGCCUUUAAGAAUGGGGGAGGUGCGUUCCUCAUCCCCUACCUGAUGAUGCUGGCUCUCGCCGGCAUCCCCAUCUUCUUUCUGGAGGUCUCCCUCGGGCAGUUCGCUAGCCAGGGCCCCGUCUCGGUGUGGAAAGCCAUCCCCGCCCUGCAAGGCUGUGGCAUCGCGAUGUUGAUCAUCUCUGUUCUGAUAGCCAUAUAUUACAAUAUUAUUCUGUGCUACACUCUUUUCUACCUUUUCGCCUCCUUUGUACCCGUGCUCCCUUGGGCGUCCUGUAACAAUCCCUGGAACACACCGGACUGUAAAGACAAAAACAAACUUUUAUUGGAUUCAUGCAUCAUUAGUGACCACCCAAAAAUACAAAUAAAAAACUCUACUUUCUGUAUGACUGCCUAUCCAAACUUGACUAUGGUUAACUUCACCAGUGAAGGAAAUAAGACAUUUGUCAGCGGAAGUGAAGAAUACUUCAAGUACUUUGUAUUGAAGAUUUCAGCAGGGAUUGAAUACCCUGGUGAGAUUAGGUGGCCCUUGGCGCUGUCUCUUUUCCUAGCCUGGGUGAUUGUGUAUGCCUCCCUUGCUAAAGGAAUCAAGUCAUCAGGAAAAGUGGUGUACUUCACAGCAACGUUUCCUUAUGUGGUUCUCAUCAUCCUACUUAUACGAGGCGUGACGCUACCUGGGGCUGGAGCUGGGAUCUGGUACUUCAUCACGCCUAAGUGGGAGAAGCUCAUUGAUGCUAUGGUUUGGAAGGAUGCUGCCACUCAGAUUUUCUUCUCCUUAUCUGCAGCAUGGGGAGGUCUAAUUACUCUCUCUUCGUACAACAAAUUCCAUAAUAACUGCUACAGGGACACACUGAUAGUCACAUGUACCAACAGUGCCACAAGUAUAUUUGCAGGCUUUGUCAUCUUUUCAGUUAUCGGCUUCAUGGCAAAUGAGCUCAAAGUGAAUAUUGAAGCUGUGGCAGACCAAGGUCCUGGAAUUGCUUUUGUUGUUUAUCCAGAAGCCUUAACUAGACUUCCCCUCUCUCCAUUCUGGGCUAUCAUAUUCUUUUUGAUGCUUCUGACACUUGGAUUGGACACUAUGUUUGCCACUAUCGAGACUAUAGUGACCUCUGUUUCAGAUGAAUUCCCCAAAUACUUACGUACACACAAGGCACUGUUCACUCUUGGGUGCUGCAUUUCCUUUUUCAUCAUGGGAUUUCCUAUGAUCACUCAGGGUGGAAUGUAUAUGUUACAACUUGUCGACACUUACGCAGCUUCUUACUCUCUUGUCAUCAUUGCCAUAUUUGAGCUUGUUGGAGUUUCCUACAUUUAUGGAUUGCAAAGGUUUUGUGAAGAUAUAGAAAUGAUGAUUGGAUUCCAGCCAAGUAAAUUCUGGCGAGUCUGUUGGGCCUUUGUGACCCCGACUAUCUUAACAUUUAUUCUUUGCUUCAGUUUUUACCAAUGGGAACCGAUGACUUAUGGAGCUUACCACUACCCUGGCUGGUCAAUGGUGCUUGGGUGGCUGAUGCUGGCCUGCUCAGUUAUUUGGAUCCCAGUGAUGUUUGUGAUAAAAAUGCACCUAGCCCCAGGCAAAUUUAUUGAGCGAGUGAAGUUGGUGUGUUCUCCACAGCCAGACUGGGGUCCGUUUUUGGCCAAGCACCGUGGUGAACGUUACAUGAAUAUGAUUGAUCCACUGGGAACCUCUUCCCUGGGACUUAAACUACCAGUGAAGGAUAUAGAACUGGGGACCCAGUGCUAAUGGUUCUUACCAUGGUGACAGAAAUAUUGUCAGCCUUUUCAGCUAUUCUUUCUGAUUUGUUUCCCCACCAUUUUUUUUCCUCACUGCAGUGCCUGGAAGUGGUUGCUUAGAGAAGCAGGAUUUACUGUUGCAUGCCACAGGGGAGACCUAGCUAGACCAUUUCCAGGGGUAGGUGAUGUCUAUGCUGUAUUAUGUUUUGGCUGAGACAGCAAAAGCAUGUUGCACAAUGGGUUACAUCCCAGGUUUUGUUGGGUUGUGUAGGAAUAAACAAAUGUUCCCUUGUAACAGCUAAAGGUGGAACUAGGAUUCUGUUACCAAUGUAAUGAAAGGGAAGGAUGGGAGUGAACAUAGGAAGGGUUCUCCUGCAGCGCUGGUAUCAGUCCAGCACAAGGCUUUCAUGAUAAGCGGAGUCACUUAGUCUACACUGACAGUGGAGCACACCUCGUUGUCACACAGUUCUUGUAUGAAUAUGAAUUAUGCUAACUUUGAGGACUUGCUAUCUAAAUAAGCAGAGACCCUUGAAACAGAAUGCCAGUAAGCAACAUGUGGGAUCAGAGCAGAAACACUGAUCUGCAUCCAUUAGAUGUUUUUGCAUAGGAAAAGUAAAGCAAAGCUUAGGAAAAAAAGAAAAUAUCAUUUGUGAUUGGAGCAAAUGGUAUUUGAGUCAAGAGGUGGUUUGGAAAUAAUGUCAGACUGAGGUGCAUGGGCACUGCAAUUAGAGUGCUGCCAUACAUUUCUUUCUGAAUUUGCUAUCUGUCAUAUCCAUUGGAAAUAACUCAGUUAUACAAUGCACCUGAAACCUGGCUGCUCUGGCCAGCUGCACAUACGUUCCUCCUGACUGAGGUUUUACUCUCUUCAGUACUCUGAAUUUGGUUUCCUUGUUUCUCUGCUUUCGUUUACAGUACCUCCUCAAGAAGCCAUCAUAUAAUUUGUGCCUAACUUUGUAUUCUUACAGUGGUAAGUGUAGUCUGGUUGUCACUCAGCAACAUUUAUUAGAAGUUAGAUGUGCUGUUCAGCCUUGUGAGUCCCUCUUCAUUCUCAUUCUUUAUACUACUUUUAGAUGUAUUCUUCUCUUUCAGCCAAUAGGAAAUAGCAAAACCCCAGUUGUCGAAAUAUUAUAUAUAUAUAGCAUAUAAAUUCUUCAAAGUGGUAUUCUCUGGAAUGUACAUAGUCUACAUAGUUUUCUUCUUCUUCUUCUUUUUUCCUAUUUAGAACGUUUUCAUGACACAGAAAGAAAACAAACAAACAAACAAAAGCAACAAUUAACCACUGCAGUCAUCCUCAGGGAUGCCUCAACAGAUGUACAAAACAUGAGGGUUGGAGGGGGAGAGAGUGAUACGACAUUUUAAUCAUUAUAUUUUAGGUAUCAGUUCUGUGUGGCAAUAGAAAUGUUAAACUUAAAUAAUUGUUACUUAUUGGGCAGAGUAAAAAAUAGAGCUUUUUAGGAGUACAUUUAUUUAACUGAAUAGAAAAUUAGCCCAUUUUAUUGUAAAUGCACUAGAACGAGGGAGAAAAAUGUCUUCACUAAUUGGCAAAAACAUAAUAACCUUUAUGAUAUUGUUAUAUUCUAUACAUACUUAUAUUUUUUAAGAGUGAUCAGUGUUCAUGUAGUGUGUACUAGUGAUGUUUUAUGUCCCUAUAAAUAUCUUAUCGACCAGUUUAGAGAUGGUGAGCUUAGAGUAGUUUAGCCUGUUUUUCCCUCCCCACACACACUCUUGUAGUAGCCAGUAAAUGUUCUUUCCUUUCAGGGGACUGUUUCUCUCCGGUUCUUUUGUCUGUCUGUCUUCAUAUUACAGGGUCUCAGGUAAAUCCUCAGUUACUGUGUGUCUGUAGAUCAGUAGAUGUGUUGUUCCAUUCCUGUAGAAGAAAACAAGGCAAAACCUAAACCUUGACAUAACACUUCUACAUGUUAACUUGUUUUCUCUCUCUGUGUGUAUAUAUAUAUAUAUGUAUAUGAAAUAUAUUAAUCAUUUUGCUGAACUUUCUCUUUCAUGGGGCAAUUAGUGUUGCCAGUUGUAAGCACUGCUGGAGACCUUUAAUCCUCAUGCAGGACAAGAAAAUGCCAUCAAGGCUGUCACUGAGGAUGGAUUUAGCUACAAUCUGUGCUGGCCCCUGAAUCUGUGCUCCACAGGCUCUGCCAGUCCCCACCUCAUGGGGCAGCAGAAUGGGACCCCACUGCAACUUCUCUGCCUUAAAGCUGUCCCCCUACUCUUCAGCUUUGCCCGCUAUUUCUUAAGGCGGUUUCUAUUCUUACUUCUGGCUUUUAUUUUCUUGGCAGAGGCAGAUGUGAGAAGCCAUGUUGAUGCAAUGAAACUUUGUCCCUUAUAUCUGCUUGGGGUUGAGAGCACUUUUCUGGGUGAAGAAAGGAACCUAAGUCAGUGAGACUUACGCAUUUUGGUCAGGAGAAAAAGCUCUAGGCCUGUCUUUACUGAUAGUAUCUAGCUUCUUGGCUUGAUUUUUGGAGUCCAGUCCAGUUUGCUUUUCUUACUGUUGCAGUAAAAAAACAAUAGAUCUAUAGGCUUGUUCCUCAUAAAGAAAAAAAGAAAAAAAACACAGUCAAAUCACAUAAUGGUUCUGAAUCCUUUCACAUUCUAUCUUUGUCUCAGGAUGUGCAUUGGAACCAGAAUUAACUAAUUGCAACAAAAUUGUCUCAGAAUGAAGAAGUUGGUUGCUGUCGACAUUAAGAAUAAAAGACAUAUCAUUUGAAGGAAUACUGCUAGGUGAUGAUAUCUGUCCUUUGGCUUGGAUUGCCAAAAUGAAUUACAUACAAAAAUUGCCUUCUAUUAAUUCUAUGAUUAAUCUGCAAUAUUUUAUUUUGUGCUGUUCCUGUGCUUGUUAAAUCCUUAUCACAGGAUUAAGUCUGACUUUGAAACUGAAGACAGAUUAUAGAGAGUGAUGUUCUUCUAGUUGAUUUUUGUCUUUGGCUUUGCCUUCAAUACUAGACAUGCAAAAAAGUUGGAGAGAGAGAGAAAAGAGUACAGAAGUCACCAAAGAUAUGGAAUGUUCACUACAUAUUAAAAACAGAAGUUUUUCAUGCUAGGCUUCUAAAAAGAAGUAUUUCACUGGCCAAAUCUGAACAUUGAGAUUAAAUUAACCAGCAGUGUCCUCUUUAAAUGAGAAGUAACCUUGCAGUUCAAGAAUGCACUUAGUUUAGUAUGUUCUAGAAAAAAAUGCAUGUACUUUAAUAAUUUUCUAAAAAGAAAUUUAGUAACUAAUUAAGUACGAGUAAAGAUCUUUGAACAUUAAAAAAAAAAAAAAAAAGAGGGGAAAAAGCCAUAUUAGUAAAAAUGCAAUGCGCUUACUUGGAGAUCUAUCUGUCCUGUGAGUAAAAAUGUUCAAAUUUGAUGAGAAUUAGUUUUGUUGCAUAUAUUUUUGUUGAAAUGAAGUUGAACUUCUGAAUGAGCCAAAAUGCACUGUUGUAUGCAUUAAAGAUCACAAUGCAAAUGUUCGCCAUCUUCAAAUUAUUUGGGGUCUUCCUACUAGUGUUUUUUAAUAUGCAAUACUCCAAACUUGUGUUUCAGCUAGACAUGGCGGCACUUUGUUCCCAAGAAAAGGAUUUAACAAAAUGACCUUUAAUUGAGAGGCUUGGAUUGUCUUUACAUGACAUUCAAUUGGGUCAAAGCAUUUUUUUUAUUAGGUUCUGAUCUGCUUUGAUGUCUGCAUUAGAUGUGCCUUGGCACUGAAGGUCAUUGCUUCCAAUGCACUGUGGCUAUCCCUUACCAUGAAACUCAAAAUGCUGAUUUAUUUUGAUACCUUUUGGUCUUUUUUGAAUAUAUGUAGAGUUAUAUGGAUAAUAUGAUUUCUUGCUGCCUGUGACAAAAGCAAAUGCUUGUUUAUGACAGAGAUUGAUUUCCUGUUGUUUUCUUCUUCUGCAACUCCACUUUUUCUUACAAUCAAAGACUGGUAUGAAGUGUGGGUUGCAGGCUGCAGAGCUUUUGGGAAGAGGUCUCCCAGAAGGCAUCUCUGUUUUGCCAUGAAUGCUGCUGUGCCUGGUGUUUGUUAGUUGGUAGCUAAGCUGUUUGCACAUCAGAUACUCGUAAAAUGGCCAGAUCUUGGUAUUCCAGAGGGACUCAGGUUGAUGACUUGAGGGGAGUGGGUGGGUUAUUUAUGGUCUCUGCCUUCAGGCAGCCUAUCACCAAAGAGGGAAGGUUUUCCUGAUGGGUUUAACAUAAGGCAAGAACCAGGCUGGACCUUACUGCUUGCAAUAUUAUUAUUUGCCCAUAAUACCUAAAUGCAUUUUCAGGUAACCAUUUGCCUUAUAGCUAUCUUCCAUUGUUAGGGAAAUCGUAGAUUGACUAAAACAUGUUAUCUGUCAUUUAUAUUAUGUAGUAUUACCUUGUAAGGUAGAUGCUUAGGUGGUAUAAAUUGUUACAGCUUUGUUAGGAGCUGUGACAGUUUACACCAGCUGAGAAUUUGCUCCCUGUGUCCUAUGGCACUUUACUACAGACCCAUCGCUGAUGGGUUAAAUCUUAAUUACUUGCGUAAUGUCAUAUAUAAAUAUAUAUAUAUGUUUACAGGCGUUCUAUGGGGUACUGCUGCCUAUGGAUAAAGAUAUGUACCCUAACCAGGUCAUUGAUUUCUUUUUUUCAUUAGCUGUACGUGGAGAAGAUGUAUUAUAUUACUAAGGUUGCAUCAUACGUAUCUCAUGUAGUGCAUAAUAUAAUGCUGUAUGUUAUUCAUUUAAGAAGUCAUUAUUCUUGAGGCCCUACCUCAAUUUUUGUAUUUAUGUCUACAAAUGCAAUUUAUUGUAUUAUAUAUUUGCCUAUUAUAUUUGGAUGUGAUAAAUUAAAAUUAUUCAAUAAUGUAUGGGCUCUAAAGACUCUAAAUAAAUGUCCAGUGUUUAAAACAAA